AAGAUUGUACUUCCUUUUCUACUAGUCCUACUUCCUUUUCUACUAGUCCCUCUUCUUUUUACACUAGGCCCACUUCCUUUUCCACUAGUCCUCCUGUUUCUUUUUUCGCUAGUCCGCCUACUUCUUUUUUCACUAAUCCUACUAGUACUAGCCCUUUUUCUGCUAGUCCUCCUCAAAAUGAAUUUAAAAGAAAAGCCAAAGCCAAAUCAAGCAUUAUUUGGAAAUAUUGCACUGUAUGUGAUAACGGGUGGAAAUGUAAUUUAUGUAAUCACCAUUUUGAAUUUGAUAAAACUCGUGGAUCUACUACAAAUACUUUAAAACACCUCGAAAAAGAGCAUGGAAUAUUAAGACCAGAGAUUUUUCAUAAAUUUUUGGAAAAUAAUAAUGUCUAUACACCUAAAAAUUUACAAUCAUUAUCAGAAGAGGAUAAUAUUUUGAUUGAAAAAGUACAAAGUAUAAAUACAAUUAAUUCAGAUUUAAGUUUUGAUAAUGACUAUGUUCCACCAACAAACAAUGAUGAAUUGUUAUUGGAGUUAGAAUCAAAUAAUGAAACAAUUUCACCUGCCUAUUUAGAGGGUACAAUUGAUAGUGAAGUUAUAACAUAUGAAGAAUUAAAUGGAGCCAGAAAAAAACUAAAGUUGAAUAUAAGCAAUCCAGCUAACACUGAUGGUUUACUUCAAAAACUUGCAGAUGUUUUAUUUAAUUCAUUAAUAUAUUACUGGUCAAUGCCAACAGAAAUUGGCUUGAUAUCGUCAGUGCUUGACCCAAGAUUCAAAAAUUUAAAAAAUUUUGAUCAAGAAAAAAAGGAUAAUAUUUAUAACUUAAUAUCAAAUAAAAUUAAAAAUUUGAAGGAAAAAACACAAGAGCAAAUAUCAAUAGCACCACCAUCAUUAUUGGCAUCACCAUUGGAAUUAUCAAACACAAUCAAUGAAUCAAUUAGAACAAAAAAUAACAAUUCAAUUUUUGAUUCUUUAUUUGAUGAACUAGGUAAUAGCAAUGAUCAUGAUGGUGAUAAUGAAUUGGAUCGAUAUCUUCAGAUACAAGGAAUACCCCGAAAUACUGAUCCUCUAAAAUGGUGGGCUGAAAAGAAAAAUGAAUUUCCUUUAAUGUCAGAAUUAGCAUUGAAAUAUUU